AAUUCGGCUAAAUAUUCGCAUCGUUUGUGUGUUUUGCUACAUUUAUUAACCGAUUUUUAACAUAUUUAAACGAUCGUAAGCGAUAACCCGUCGGAAUUAUGUUAACCGUAAGCCGCCCAGCCGCCCUAAUCGCCUCACAAUCGAACGCUAGCCGCGAAAAUGUCUAAAAUCAAGCGCAAAAUCACUGUGAAUUUGAGCACGAAAAGCAAAGGCGUCCCGGCCAAGAGCAGGCCCUCGGUGUUCGAGCGGCUCGGCACGAAAGCGGCGGCGCCGAAGGAGUUCUGCCACCAUUGGGCCCAGACCGGAUCCUGUCCCUACGGCAAAGGUUGCAAGUACUCGAGCACGCACACGUUGAUCAGCCCGUCGAAGCAGAGGGCGGCCAAAACGCAGCGCAGGCACCCGAAGGAUGGCCAGAAGCGCCCGCAGCAGCCCGACGAAUGGGACCAGUGGGACCCCGACGAGCUCGAAGACGCCGAUCCCGACGAUCUAGAGCGCAAGCGACAGGAAUUGCAGCGGGAGCUCGAGCUCCAGAUGAAGAUGGAGAACAAGGCGAAGAAGAAGGACAAGAAAAUUAAAAAGGAGAGCAGCCCUAGCUCGGACACUUCCAGUUCAUCGUCCGAUACAUCCUCGAGUAGCGAAGAUACGAGUUCCAGUUCGACUUCCACCGAAGUGCGAAGGAAGAAACUGAAGAAAACCAAAACGAAACGAACCAGCUCGAGCUCAUCGAACGAGAGAAGUCGCUCGAAGCACAAAACCAAAACGAAACGUAUAUCGAAAUCGACACCUCGAGAAAAGCCCAAGAAACCGAACAAACCGGCGAAAAACAAAUCCCCGUCGCCCGCCAGGCCUCGCAAGAAAUCCGAAACGCCCCCGAUCAAAGCGAAGCAAUCUACCAACGUAAAAAAAAUAAGCAGCGAAAAAUCCCCGAGGCCGCAAAGUCGAACGAGCGUCAAAGACAAACACCGCACCCCAUCGCCGAAAUCGCUCAAAGACAAAGAGCGCGAACGGGAGAAGGAGCGCGAGAAGGAACGCGAAAAGGAGAAAGAACGCGAACGCGAGCGCGAGAAAGAGAAGGAAAAGGAGCGCGAAAGGGAGAGGGAGCGCGCCAAGGAGCGCGAGCGCGAAAAGGAGAAAGAACAGAAGAAAAAAGAGUCAACCAGGUCGCCGAAAAGGGAUUCCAGACCGGUUAAAGAGCCUCGCAAGCGAGACACGCCGGAUUCCUCGCAAUUGAAGGAGAGAAAACAGUCGCCCGGUCGUAAUAAGAGCCGCAGGGACCACAAGAGUCCCCCGAAAGAUGACCGAAGGGGCGACAGACGGGACGACAGAGGCCGGUCGAGGCCUGUAAAUCGCAAAGACCGCGAUCGCGACAGAGAACGCGACAGAGACAGAGAACGGCGCAUCGCCAGGGAGCGCGAGGAAGCGAGAGAAAAGGAACGCGAAGAGGCGCUGGCGAGGUGCCAGGAGCGCCAGCGCGAGCGCGAACGUCUGAAGAAAGAGGAGGAGCAAAAACGGCGCGAUCGACAUCGCAGAGACGCGGACAGGGGUUUGGACAAACCCGACAAACCGGAGCGGUUGUUGCCGCCGCUGGAGGAGCGCGUGCCGCCGUCGAGGAAGGGCGCGCGGUCGCCGGAGCGCGACAGAGACAGGCAGCGACGCAAGUCGCCGCCCGACAGGCGCGACAAGGACAGAUCGUACGAGCAGCGCGGGCGAGAGAGGGCGUACGGUAGUCCGUACGAGAGGGCGCGCGAGCACCAGGACAGGCGGUAUUCGGACGUGGAGGCGCGCCUGUGGGACGAGCGACGCGACGAGUACAACAAUCGCGAGCGCGACUGGGAGUACGCCGAGCAGCGCGAUUGGGGCGGCGAGCGAGAGCGCGGUCGCGGCGAGUGGGGCGACUCGAGGGGCGAUUGGGACGCCGAGCAGCAGCAGCAACAGCAACAGCAGCAGCAGCAGCGCAAGCAGGAGGAGGAUUGGCGGCACUACAAUCGAUCGGUGGACGGUUGGAGUAACGAUGAGCGGAGGCGGUGGCCGCAGGAGUGGAGGGAACGGUCGCGGCCGAGGAGCAACGCGUCGCAUCACGUUGAUAGUUUGAACGCCCCACCUCUAGACGAUCCUAACGCGUGCAAAAAAGAAUCCGCCGCCAUCGAAGAAGGCGACGACAAAAAGGACUCGAUCGAACGGGAAGACGAUCCCAACCGAUCGACGCCGCUGUCGCAGAAGCGCCGGCUCGUCGACGACGCCGCCGCCGCCGCCGCCGACAGUCCCGCCGCCCACAAAAAACCGAAGCCGGACGUGCCGGUGCAGCCUUCGUUGGAAGACGAUCUGAGCGAGAUCAGCGACGACGCCGACGACAUAUUGAACAGGGACGAGGACGUGCAGGAACCGAUUCGGCAGGAGAUCGUCGAGAAGAAGGCGUCGUCGGCGUCGCAGAAGAGCCAGACGCCGCCGCCGCCGGCGCAACCGGCGCUCCGUAAAUCGCCCAGCGUUUCGAUUGCGAAUCACGUGAAAGGCGGUUCGAUCGACGAGGAUAACAUGGAGUUGGAUUUCGAAGAGAUUUCGGAGGACGAGCUGGAAGAGGAGUCGAAGAUGCGCGGAUUGGUCGACGCGUUGGGAGUGGAUUGGGCCAGUUUGGUGGCCGAAUCGCGACCGAGGCCGAGGCCGUCGAGUUGCGCGAAGAUCCGCUGGGAACCCCACAACGUGCUGGUGAAUUUGGGGGUGUCCGUGCAACUGGCCGGCGAAGGUCUGGUGAAAGAGAUACUCAGAGAGCACGAAGAGGCGGAAAUGACGCAACGGAUUGUUAUAAAAACCGAAGAAGUGGAUGGUAUUAAAAAAGAACCGGAGGAAAUCGUUUCGAACGGUACCGAUAAUAAAUUACACGAUGUUGUUAUCUCUAACCCUUUGGCGAUGAUUCAAGUAGUCGAUAGGGAAAAACAGGCGAUACGAAGGAGCUUAUUCACGAGCGUGGGGCUUCACAGAAGAGCUCUAUCGGCUAGGAGGGACCUCACGUUGAGGAGGCACUUGUGCGAUUUUCCCAUCACCGAUAAACACGUGGAGGCUCCCAGAAGACACGAUCCCGAAUUGUUCGAAUUCGCUGUGAAUUUGUACAGAAGGCAAGCCGUUCCGGCCAAUUCGUAAAGAUGAAGUAUUGGAAUAUUUCCUCCAAAUAAACAUACUUGCAUGGAGCCAUGUUAGUAGAUAAAAAAAAUGGUUAUAAUGUAAAUUAAUAAAAAUUCUUUUUGUAUCUUCUAAUUAAUUAAAUAAUUGUUAGUUGUUUAAUAAAGCGAUGUUCAAAUGUUUGAGUUUUAAUUGCCACAAUAUCUAUCCGGUGACGUCACACACUUUGAUUCGAUAUUGCAACUUUGGAAUAGUAAAUUUAUUUGGAAAAAAAAUUACAUUUUAAUUCGUGAAUAUAUACACGGUAAUGUACAAUAAUAUUUUUUGGAAUAUUCAAAUAAUUUUUAUUAAUGCAUUUGUGAAGUAGAAUUCAACAAUCGAUUUUAUUGUCAGCGUUGAUCAAUCGAUUUUUUGAAUAUUCCGAUUCUAUACAAGAUUAAUUUUAGUGAUUAAAUUCGAUUAAGAACGGUUAGAUAUAUUUUUAUCUAGCGGAUAAAUUUUUAGGAAAAAUUAUUUUGGUGUAUUAAAAAUCGAAAUAUAUACACAAAAAAAACAUAGCCGAAUUUUCUCAAUAUCGGAUGAUUAAUAAAAAAAAUUCAAUAUUCUCUAUUGAUUACAAAUAUAAAUAACUCUUCCCAAAAAAUCGCUGAAUUUCCCAUAGCAAGUACCAUCGAGCGCAACGUAUAAUCCCCCGCCAAUUAGCCGGGGGUUUUCCGGGGGAUUAACUCGAUCUCGAUUUACAAUUCAGCGUAUUCCAAAGCGCUCAUCCUGCUUUCCAUCGACGGAAAAACAUGAUCGUAAUAUUUCUCGUGCUCGCACAACAGCGGUUUGGGUCGAGCCCUGUCUUUCCUGCGGCCCCUCCGUCGCUCGGAGCUCUUCUUUUUCGCGUAUUUACGCGCAUCCUCGUGCAAAUAUCCGCGAGUUCUCGCGUACGACCAAUUGUCGUUUGCGAUAGCGAGUGCCGGAGGUUGCGGGUACUAGUAGGUAUUAUGUACAGCAUGUUAGAGGUUUUUUUUUUCGUUUUUUUAUCGAGUGAAAUUGAAAGGAAACUUGUUUGUUCGAACGGGCGCCCCGUCAAAAUAGCCCAAGACAGAA